UUCCUCGGAGCUUCUCUUAUUGCACAUCAUUCGUAAUUAAACGUCAACUUGACGAAUUCUCAGUGUUCAUCACGAACCCAAUAUGGCUGCACGUUUCUUAUCUUCUUGGAGACUAACUGCAGCUGCUCGGAGCUAGUGAAAUUAAAUCAUUGCAAGUUUUAUUGGAAGACAACGCAGCGGAGGAUUCAUUUGCAUUUCGUUUGUCGAUUUAAGUGAACAGUGAAAGAUGGAUUUCGGGACGUUGUUACACGUUGCAAAGCGGAAUAAUGACCAGCUCGGCAAGAAUUCCGAGGGCAAGUACUACAGCACAAAAUUCAGUGCCCCCAAAAAAGAGACGAAGGAGAAGAAGCUUUCGGAAAAUAUCAAGAAAUUCUUAGCAAAGAAGGAACAAGAAGAACGCGAGAAAGCCCGAAUUGAGAAGGAAAAACGCGAUAAGUUGCUGGCUAUGCGCGAUGAAAAGGCGAAAAAUAAGAUCAAGAAAAUGUUGAAAGUGAUUAAGUCAGCCAACAAGUCUGUCCUGGACGAUGCCGUUGAUAACGAUAACACAGCCGUGACGAUCCAAGGACCCGACCAACCAGAUGAAGACGAUUACGGAUAUGUUUCCCAAGAGGCAUCUCAAUUCUACCAAAAGUACAUGGAUCGCGUGAAAACCCUUCCCGACGAGAACAAAUUCGCUCCUAGUCGGCCGGCAAGCCGAACGGAUUUAGCGGGGACCAAAGAUCGCGUUCGAGCCGCUCUACUAAAAGAGCAAGAAGAGUUAAACUCGGGAACACGCACAAAGUCAUCAUCGUCAAAAUCAGUUGAAACAAGCUCAAAACCCUCGGAUUCGUACAGUAGCAGCGGCAGUAUAUCCACUCAUUCGCAUAGACGGAAAGAUCUCUACGAUCCUCAGGCCGAGCGAGAGAUGGAAGAGAAGAAAAAACGUGAGGAAGCACAACAAAGAUCGAAAAAUCGGCCUCAAGCGCCACCACCAAUGGAUUUCCAACAAUUACUAAAGCUGGCGGAGAAGAAACAAUAUGAACCAGUCGAAGUGGUUGUUGAGCAAAAGAAAGAACCGGAACGUUUGCUGACCAAAAAAGAGAAGAAGGAAUUGGAGGAAAAGGAGAAACGAGAACAGCGUAGGAAAAUGCCGGGCGGCAGCAGUUCGAGCGGAGGAAGCUCCGCCGUAGUGAACAAAAUGCAACCAAACGGUCGUAUACCAAAACUGAACGGUGCAAGUUCAUCAUCGUCGUCAUCCAGUAGCGAUAAGACUCCUAAGCCUAUACCAAAACAGUCCUCGUCAAAAAAUCCACCGGAAGAGACUUUCAAAAAGCCUCUAAACCCACCUUCCAGCUCAAAACCCGACCCCGUCAAGCCACGACCUGAUCCUAAAACCAGUUCCCUCAGCAAUCCAAAACCAAAAUCAUCCAAUCCGACUAAUAGCGUACCAUCACGGCCGUCAGAAACCCCCAAAACAUCAUCCUCCGUGAAACCUUCACCCACAUCGAAACCCAUAGCUAAGUCAUCGAGUGCCUUAUCAUCGUCAUCAUCGCAGCCACAAAAAUCUCAGCCGCGUCCUUACAGUGGACCCACUCGUGAAUUCCCACCACGAGAUCCUUACACGGCUAAGAAAGCGCAGUUGCAGAAUGGCAAGAGUGUAGCGAAAACAAAUGGUGCAUCAAAAGAAGUGCAGAAAACUAGACAAUUCCCUCCGCCAGAUGUUCGACGGAGACCUGAACCACCGAGAAAGCCACAGCCUGUCAAGCGAAGAAUUUACGAUGACUACGAUGAUGACUCUGAAUAUGAUUCGGAAUUGGAUGAUUUUAUUGAUGAUGGCCCCGAGGAAGGAGCGAAUUAUUCGAGUUACAUUAAGGAGAUUUUUGGAUAUGACAAAUCAAAAUAUCGGGACAUCGACGAGGACGAUCCAUCGAUGGAAUCCUCCUAUGCGCAACAAAUGCGUGAGGAAUACGUAAGCAAAAAGAUUGGUUUAUUAGAGGAUUUGGAAGACAUGCGAAAGGAAGAGGAGGAGAAGAAACGUAAAGCACAAAUGAAGAAGCGGAAACUGAAAUAGAAGACAAGAACAUUUUUCUAGUUAGCAGUCAGAUUAUAAAUUCGGUGACAUCCAUUUGAGAGAAUGCCAAUUCGUGAUACAAUAACACUUAGAAUAUUUAUCCAUUGAAUUUAACGUGAAUUAUGUAAUCAAUUUUGUAUAAGAAUAUGCCUGUAUGUCAUAAGGAAAUUGUAAAGCAAAUUAUGAAACGAAGGUCAUUCGUUGCGGGGGGGAGGGGGGGAAUGCUGAUCCAGAAGCAGUGCGUAGCGCAUGUUUUGAUGCUAAGUAAAAGGGACUCGUAUAGUUUUUAAAUCCACUUUUUCGAUGUUAUUUUCUAAACUGUUGUGUUAUUUUAAACUUUCUCUCUACACAAAUCUCCUUUGCAAUACGAUAUUUUUAAUAUUUUCAAAUGUUUUUAGUAAUUAUUUAAUUGAAAUGCGUCAAAAUAAACAGUUGUUUAAUUAAA